AUGGUCGACAUCAAUCGUCGAAGUCCUGUAACAUGCACUUGUGGUAAGACAGUUCAACAACGAAAUCUUGCUCAACAUUGUUCAAGCAAAAGCCAUACUGCAUUUGCAGCUAAGCACCUGCCAAUUGCCAAGGAUGAAAAGGAUGAUGUAGAAAAGACCGGUUCAUCUGACCUUCUCUUUGAUCUCACAGCAUUUCUACGUGAACAUGAUCUACGUACCGAUCAUGGUCGCAUUCAAGCCAUCGUGGACCGACGUCUGAAUAUGGAUCCGUAUACGAAAGUCAAAUUAAGUAUGGAAAAUGGAGAACCAAUAUUGAAUCAUUACGAUAUUGAUCACAUUCAUGAAGCACAAAUACUUGCUUGUGCCAUUCGUCACACACCUGAACUGGCACCUCGAGUUAGUAAUACGCUGGUAUUGCAACCAUUACGAUCUGUUUUGAAUGAUGUUUCGAAUUUGGCCAUCACCGAAGCAAAGGUGAACCGAUCGAAAGGUCAAGCCGUGAAAUAUUUCUUGGGACAUUUUCAGACAUCAACAGAAUUACCGCUUCUCUCGGCAUUUAUUCAAACAGCGGAUGGCAAAGAACGUUCAAUCGCUCAUUUUGCACGAAAUAUUGUCGAUACAAUACAAGCGACUAGUAGUGAUAUGAGUGACUCGAUUCGUCAAACACGUAUGGAAAAUGGGUAUGUAACCGGAGCUAAUUCGUACGAAACAGUUGCUGAACAAUUCGAUACAAUCAUCGAUCGAAUGCAAUUGAAUUGGAAUGAAGGAGUAAAACUUCGAAAUGGUAAAACGUACUAUGUAAGCACAUGA